AGAGGGCGCAAGUUUCAAUAUGGCUGCGCCCAGGAAAAAUAAAUUUUGCAAAAAUAUUUCAAUUUUUUUCUGAAAUUUACUCUUUUGAUCAGCUGAAUUGUGAUUUCCUUACCUCAUGAAGACUUAGAACAUCAGGAUUUGAGAUGAGGCUCCUAAUGCAAUUGACAGGGGCUCUUGGUCGACGAUGUGUGACAACCUGGUCUCCCCUUGCAGCAACUUUCAAUACCAAACCAUUAAAGAAUACUGCAAGAAAUUUGGUAAAGCCAAGAGAGGGCUUAUUCAAAAUCCCUCAGCUGAAGGAGUUCUCUGGUUUCUACCUCCUGCAAGAGUCUGCCACCGAACAUGCUGAGAAGUUGAUUGCAGAAGCGACCAGCCCCAAUCGUAAGAGGAAGAUGGUUCAGAUCUUUGAUGAUUUAUCAGAUGUGUUGUGUCAGGUCGCGGACAUGGCUGAUUUUGUUCGGAGUGGUCACCCAGAUCCUAACUAUGCUCAGGCAGCUCAGGAAGCUUGUGCUAACAUCAGUGGACUUGUAGAGAGGCUGAAUACUAAUGUGGAUUUGUACAAUGCCUUGAAACAAGUCCAUGAAAAUGGUGACGGAGUUCCGAUGGACGACAUCGACAAAAGGGUGACAAAGUUAUUUCUGAUUGACUUUGAACAAAGUGGAAUUCACCUCGAACAGAAAAAGAGAGAACGGUAUGUUGAUCUGAAUAACUCCAUCUUGGAACUCGGCACGUUCUUUACCCAGGGUUGUCAGGCUCCAAACACAAUGCCCAAGAAGUAUCUGCCAGAACACCUACAGCAUUGUUUUAGCCUUGAGGGUGACAACGUGGUCAUCAAUUCGUUCUUCGCCGAUCACCACAAUGACCUGGUGCGAGAAGCUGCGUACAAGAUCUUUCUUCAUCCUCGCGACCACCAGAGUCAUCUGUUAGACUCCUUGUUAUCAGCCCGAGAUCAACUUGCCAAGUUGGUGGGCUUCACGUCGUACUCUCACCGAGCUCAGAAUAACACCGUGUUGGAGACCCCAGAAAAUGUCAUGCAGUUCCUGAAAUUGCUGGCAGAAAAUGUGAAAACAUAUGCAAAGAUGGAUCUGGACAUCAUCAAGGACAUGAAGAAGAAGCAUAAUGGCAAGGUGGAGGAUGUUUUCCCCUGGGAUCCUCCAUACUACACAGCGAUGGCAAGACAUGAUAAAUGUGUGAUGGACAGUGCUGAGUUGUCUCCCUAUUUCUCUCUCGGUGCGUGCAUGGAAGGCCUCAACUCUCUCUUCCUCAACCUGUUUGGUGUCAGUCUCAUCUAUGAGGACCCUGGCAGUGGAGAGGUCUGGCAUCCCCUUGUGCAUAAAGUGUCUGUUGUUCACCAAACUGAAGGCCCGCUUGGUUACAUCUACUGUGAUUUCUUCGAGCGCACUGGGAAGAUGGUUGUCGAUUGUCACUACACGAUACGAGGUGGGAGAGAACUGGCUAGCGGACAAUACCAGCUUCCCAUUGUUGUCCUGAACCUCAACUUCCCCCCACCUUCCCUGACGAUGCCAUCUCUACUAACACCAGGAAUGGUAGAGAAUCUAUUCCAUGAGUUCGGCCACGCUAUGCACUCGAUGUUAGGACGGACGAAAUAUCAACAUGUCACUGGGACAAGGUGCUCAACGGACUUUGCUGAGGUGCCAUCUGUCUUGAUGGAAUACUUCGCUUCUGAUCCAAGAGUUCUCUCCACAUUUGCGCGGCAUUAUAAGACUGGUGCCUUCCUGCCUCCAGAGAUCUUAGAAAGCAUGUGUUCCACCAAAAAGAUGUUCAUGGCUAUUGAAAAACAGCUCCAGAUUGUGUAUUCGAUGAUGGAUCUCCUCUACCACGGGGAACACCCACUUCACAGGGAUACAACAGAGAUUCUGCGUGAUAUUCAGAACCAGUAUUACAUUGUACCCCACGUUACUGGAACAGCUGCCCAGCUACGUUUCGGCCAUCUUGUUGGCUACGGUGCAAAGUAUUAUUCGUAUCUUCUCUCAAGAGCUGUAGCUUCCAGAAUUUGGCAUAAAAUGUUUAAAGAUGAUCCUUUUAGCAGAACGAGUGGAGACAAAUACAGACACAAGUUACUGGCUCAUGGAGGUGGCAAGCCACCCACUGAAAUUAUUGGCGAUGUACUCAAUGAGGAGCUUACGUUACAAAAACUAGUCGAUUCGUUAGUUACAGAGGUGCGAGAUGCUUACUCCUGAUGGAAGGAGAUAGACGGUUGUGUUGCCUGUGGUGGCAUACGUGUCUGAAAUGACUUGCUUGCUCAGUGUUAUCAGUCGAGGACUCUUUGUGAUACAGAACAUGACAAUUGUUUAUGCAAUCAUGUGGUGAUGCAAAAUUAGUGUGAAGCAUAAAUUGUAUUUUGCUGAAAACGUGUAAAUAAAUUUUUGAUAAAA